AGGACAGCUGCUUGGACUUGUCAAUCCUUAUUCUCAUUCGUCUGACAUUCAUUCCACAAUCCUUCAUCCAGCCAUUUAUGUAUCUAUCAUUCUCCCCUCUCUCCAUUCCAGUAUCUCCCAUUUCUACAUAGGCAAGUGUCAGAUAGACAGUGUGAGGCUGUCCAUAUACCGGUACUGUUGUCCAGCUCCGUACCUGGCUGGGGUCGACACUGGCCUGUACAAACGCAUGCGCUGGAAUGUGGAGAGACCCAGAGAGAGCCUACAGCAGGAAACUGAUGGCGAGAUGGAGGGAGAGACAGUGGAGGACAAGCCAGUGGCAGGGAAAGAGAGAGCCACCAAGACAGAGUACUACUUCCUGUGCUACGAGGACGUCCCAGAGGAGCCCACUGAUGGGGGCGAUGGAGAGGGUAAAGGGGAGACGGUUGCUAUAGGCAACGUGGUCAGGAUGUGGUCAAUCGGUCAGUGGGUCCAAACGCAGCCGGAACCUGUGACAGACGACAUCUACGAAUGGGUGCUGUGCUGGGUUCCACAGGCUCAGUACCACAGGCUUUUGUGUCUGGGAGGAGAGGAGCCCACUGCCUGCAGUGCUACUGACUGUCUACUGGGGGCGUUGUUCUCUCAACAGAGCCCAGUGGAAAGCCCCAGUCCUGAAACAACAUAAGAGACAAACCACUGUUCUAGUACUAUCUUUGACCAUAACAUGUUCCCGUUUAUUAAAGGAUUUAACAUUACUUAUUGUUAGUUUUACAUUGUGUUAUGUUCGGCUAAUGUUUCCAAAUCUAAGUAACUAUUGGGAAGGACAUUAAGGACUGAACACUGAAAUAGCUCUGGUUCCAACUAGCCAGUCAUCCA